AUGGGAACCAACCUGACGGAGCUCAACAGUACCACAGAGUCCGUGGACGCCCGGGGCCUUUACACCCUGUUCAGCGAGCUGGCCGUGCCCAUGGGGCAGAGCACCAACCUCACUGUGCUCCUGGUGACAGCGCCCGGGUGGGAGACCCCCGUGCAGCACAUCACAGUGGCAGCAGGACCCGAAACCUCAGCACCAGAUGUUGUAGCUCAGUUUGGGGGAGACGUCACCCUGAGCUGCCUCUUCCCGUCCCCGCCCGGGAUGAACCUCCAGCGCCUGACCCUCACCUGGCAGAAGGAACGGGCGGGGGCAGGGGACCUGGUAGUUCAUAGUUACUAUUACGGGAAGGAGCAGCUGGAGAGACAGGACGAGGCUUAUAGGAACCGGACCCAGCUGGAUCCAGAGGGGCUGGCCCAGGGGAACGCGUCCCUGACACUGAGGGGCGUCCGCAUCCAGGACGAGGGCGUCUAUCUCUGCCACAUCACCUCGGAGCAGGGCAAGAUUUCAGAAAGGAGACAGGUUAAAGUGAUGGCCCCGUACUCGGAGGCCCGACUGGAGGUUAGCGUGAGCAGCCAGGUAACCCUGACCUGCUGUGCAGAGGGCGGGUACCCUGAGGCCUCCGUGCUGUGGCUGGACGGAGCCGGGAACAACGUGACGGCAGAGAGCGACACCAGGCUGCAGAGAGACCCCAGUGGGCUCUGUGAUGUGAGCAGCCGAAUCCUCCUGCCCAGGGGAGAAAGCGGCAACUACACCUGCCUCUUGGAGAGCCCCGGACAGCCCCGCAUCAUCCGACACUUGAGCGUCUCCUGCAGCCCAGAUAACUGUACUAACAACCUGUGCCUGCUUAUCGCCCUGCCCCUGACAGUGCUGCUGGGUGUUCUGGGAAUUGCCUGGUGCUUCCUAAGGCGUCGGUUCUCGCGGCGUUCGCUGCAAACAUAG